AAUUGAAUUCCUAACGCUACGCGGAUCAUUUGACAGUUUUGCUCUAGUGUUAAAAACUAGCUACAUUAUCCUUUUAUUUGGAAAAAUCAAAGAUUUUGUUAAAGCUUAUGAACAAGCUUCAAUACUCUUGUUUUAUACUGAUGUGUAAAUCAACCAAACUGAUCCUCUAAAACUACUUAUUUGGUUUAAACCUACAACAAAAAUGUUGUACUUUGAGGAUUUCAUGGAAGCAAUUGAAAAUAUGCCAUCUGAGCUAAAUGAAAGCCUUACAAAUGUUAGACAGCUAGACCUACAAGCUCAAAAUAUUUUAGAUUCGCUAUCAGAAACCAUACAGACGUUUUUCGAAAACUGCAGGUUUGGUAGACUCUUAGAAUAUGAGAAAAGUACUCAGAUUCUUAAUAUUACUCGGGAAUAUGAGCGAGCACUUGUUCAUUGCAAGGACAAACGAGAAAUAGUGGAAAAUAUGUAUAACACAUACCGUAAAUUAGUGAGAAAAUUGGAUAUUGAGUUGGAAAAGUUCCGAAUUGAAUUAGAGGCUGAUAAUUCAGGAAUAACAGAACAAAUAGAAAAAAGAGUUCAGAAUGCACUUGGGAAAGCAAUAACAACAAAUUCGAAGGCAGAACGUAGAAGACAAAGACUGCGAUUUCAGCAAUCUAGUCAUUGCAAAAAUAACUUCUCAGUGAGAAGACGAUUGGUUGGGCCGGCUUUCAGAGCAGCACUUAAAUCUGCUUGCAUGAGACCCAUGCAAUCGGGGGGAGUGCCGUCUCUGGAAAAUACUAAGUUCUCACUAAAUGGUGACCAAACGUCUUUUAAUAGCUCCAGUUUAAUCUCAACUUCUGGAUGUCAUGUUCAAGACACAGGAUCCUACAGAAAGAACCCUGUUCAUGCGGAUGGCCUAAGUCCUCUUAGAUCAAUUGACGAAAACUCAAUAUGUUUGGACCAUCAGUCCAGUGACAGUUCCUACGACAGAACCUUUGAAACGAUUAAUCCACAAACUGGAGGAGUUACAAAGUUCGAAGAGGAUGCUGCAAGCGUUCACAAUGCAGGUGCUGGAUUUUCCACAAUUUUGAAAAACAAUUCGAGCUUGCUACCAGAUAUGUCGCUGGAUGCUAAGACUCAUACUGGAAUGCACGAUCGUAUUAUUAAAAGUACUAACUCUUCCAGUGGUCAUUUAUUUUACGACACAGCAGAACCUAACUUUACAGAUCGUGACAAGCUCAAUUUAACACCAAAGGCAGGUUCAAUUGAGAAUCAAGUGACAGACAACAUUAGUUCACCCGGAUGGCCCGGUUUAACACAAAGUUUUUCUAGCGUUCGGGAUAAACGCCGAUACCCGCGAAGAUUUGAUAGAAUAGGGCUAGCAUGUGACCUUGCAGUUGAUGAGUUCGGAAAGCUUGAUGAUUCACCUAAUUCUAGUGUCAAUGCAACGCUGGCGCAUGGAUUUGACGAUCAAACGUAUGAAUUUAGUGGAAAUCCGAAACCAGAAGAUACUACCGACCCACCAGAUGAUGAUGAAGAUUACAAGCGUUACUGUAUAUGCCGAGAUGUGAGUUAUGGUGACAUGAUAGCAUGCGACGCCCCAGACUGCCCCUUCGAAUGGUUUCACUACGCUUGCGUGAACCUAACCGUUGCACCAAAAGGUCGGUGGUUUUGUCCUACUUGCGCUAAAUCCUUACAUAAUAAGAAAAGCAUCAAAAAAAGUUCAUCUAGGAAAUAAUGAUUGCUCCAGAUGUUCAGGGAACGCGAAAGAACCAAUAAAGUGCUUGAGAGCAAUUCUGAUAUAUUCAUGAUUUUUAAACUGGUGUAUAAGCACAUGAAAUAUAAUGUAAUACGCUGCGAUAUUUAUAGAC